AUGAACAAUGUGAGGAAAAUUGCGAACAACAAUUGGAUGACAUUGAUGGUCAACCUAUGUUCAGAUGGAAUGCCAGAUUUAACAAAAGAAUAUAUGCCAAAAAGGAGACAAACCAAGGAUCUGAGAAUAGGACCCUGGAGAAUAGGACUCCAGAGCCUGCAGACCUGGGUUGAUGAAAUAUCAGAGAAUAUGAUUGACUCUAGUGACCAAGUAUCAGGAGUUAGUGAAGAAAUUCUGAUGAGAUUAGAGAUUGCAAAACUUCAGCAAGAAGUUGAAAUGAUAAGAGCUAGCAGAGAGAUACUCAUUAUCAAUACUGAUAGUAAUGAAAUAAAUGAAGAUCUUGCAAACUAUCUACAGAAAAAAGACAGAACUAUUGUCAUAAUGAAGAUCUUAACUGAAUUUAGAGAUCAAGUGAAGCAUAUCAAGAAAUCUGUUAUUCUGAUUGAUUCUGUGAACUAUUCAAUAUGA